AUGACUACUGCCACUAAAACCAGCACCAUCUACUCUUUGGACGAUGUCUCCAAGCACAAUACCAAGAAUGAUUUGUGGAUGACCAUCCAUAACAAGGUAUACAACAUCACUGAAUUUGUUUUGGAGCACCCUGGAGGUGAGGAAGUGUUGCUUGAUGAAGCAGGCAAGGAUGCUACGGAGGCUUUUGAGGACAUUGGCCACUCUGAUGAGGCCCGUGAGAUCUUGGAAAAGUAUUUAAUCGGUACCUUGGAUGAGGCUUCUCAAAACAACACCUACAAGUUUAAUGUUAUCCGCGCUGGUGAGCUCCCUGAGCAAAAGAAGCAAUCUGGAUCGUUCCUUCGUGUCAUCUUGCCUGCCCUCGCUGUCGUCGGUGUCAUUGCCUACAAGUUUAUCCUUGCUCCUCAACGUCAAUAA